AUGUCAGGAAAUACACGAGUUGCAUCAAAUAAUUAUGAAGAAAUAAGUAAAGAUAAUAAUUUUUUAUUAACAAAAAUUGAAUUAGAAUGGUUUAUAUCAACCAUAGUACCAGAAAUCUUUAAAAAAAUAGAUAAAUAUUUAAAUUUAUGUAUGGAAGCACUUUCAGAUGAAAAAAGUUUAACACUUGUUUUAUCUUCGAUACAAAGUGAAACAGUUAAAGGAUUUCUAACAAGAAGAGGAAUAUCGCUUAUAAAAGGCUUAUCACAUCUUAAUGAUAUAAUUUAUCAAAGUCAAAUAAUCCUUCAAACAGAAACAACAGAUGCAGAUUCUAUCCAAAAAAUUAUUAAUCAAUUGUAUCUUCAUAUUCAAUCCGCUCAGCAAAUUUUUUAUCCAAAUGAACCAAUAAAUGAUUUAGUUUAUUCACUUAAAAGCAAUGAUUUUGACCCUCCAUUACCUUCCAACAUUAUGAUUAACAUUUGUAUCGAUUACACUUCAAUUGCAACACAUAUAUAUCUUUUAGGAGAACAUAAUUUUACACAACGAUUUCCUUUCUUAUCACGAUUACUCAGUUUUGGUGGUUGGAAAACAACAAAUCCUAAAUCUAUUAUUCUGAAUGAACAAUUAAUGCAAAUUAUUGAUGAAAUUCAUCUCAAAAGCAGAGAUCCCGCCCUUUCUGUCAUUACAGAUCAUCUAACUGGUAAUCCUAUUAUAUUUCAUCUUUUCAUUGCUAAAAAAAAAUAA